UGCACACAUCCCUCUAUCUCCGUGACCCGGCAACUCCCAGCCUGUGAGCAGAUAUCAGCACAAAGGAACCUGUGUGUGUGUUCAAACACACCUUUCCCUCUGCAGCGCUCGCCGCCGCCGCCUGCAUCCGCCCGCCCGCGCGCAAAGAUGAGCAAAGCAUCUGAGGACCUCUUGAUCAUCUACGAGUCUGAGGCGGAGCAGUGGGCCUCCUACCUGCGCUCGCUCCUGGCCGACUCCAUUCCAGAGGCCGGAAUCUGUUGCUAUGACAUCGGCAUGGUGACGAGUCGCCGGGACAACUUCCUGCAGCUGAGCAACUACAAGUGCAAGCUUCUUAUCUUGUCACGGGGGAUGCUGGAGGGUCUGUGCCAGCUACGCCGCUUCUUCCUGGCCCACGUGCUGCGGCCCGAGGCACGGGUGGUUGUGCUGCUGUGUGGGGUGGACAGCCUGACGCCCCUGCUGGAGCUCAUCCCGCUGAAGGGAGAAGAAUGCCUGCUGAUAUCCAGUGAGCAAGAUGCACAGGAGUACCGCUCGGCAGUGGCCGAGAUCGUCCGCAGAGGUGGACAGACAUCAGACAUAAGACCAGCACAAGAGCUGAACAGAAUAAAACUGGAGAGAAAACAGUCUGCUGUUGCUUCAAAUGAAAAACCUUCUCUACUGAUCCUACCCAGCCGGGUUCCAUGUGAGAAUCCUGGGGUGGUGUUUCUGCUGCUACAGAAGCCAGUGGGCAGUAAAGAGUGUGAAGUGGAGUUCAGCGGGGGCAAGCAGAGAGCGAGAGUAAAGGCAGCGAGCUGGAACGAGAACACCCUCAGUGUAGCUGCUGCAGAUUUUCCUGCAGGAAGCGUGGGUGUAACACUCUACUGCGGAGGUGCAAUCAAAGCCAAGGCGAGCCUGUAUUACUACAGCAGGAUGGGAGAGAUCGAACGCCUCCUCAAGCAGGCGGCAAACCCCAUGAACUUCAUGUGGCAGGCAUUUCGUGUGUCUUCCAAGGAGGAACUGGAUCAAAUUCUGGCUUCUAGUCUGAUGAGGAAGAUGCCUGCCGGAGGUUUCCAGGGUCUGCUGAACGAUCAGACUGCGGCUGCUGCUUCACACUCUGAGGAGAUCCCCACUCUACUGCAUUUUGCAGCUCAGCACGGUCUCAAAGAUCUGGCCAGCGCUGUCCUGCAGUGUCCUGGAGCCCAGCAGGCCCUGAGAACCAGGAACCGCCUCGGACACACCCCUCUAGUGCUGGCACAUUCAUACGGACACUCCCAGCUCCACGUCUUCCUGCAGGAAUCACUGGCUCUGAGCAGCGCAGACGACUGCAGUGAUGAUGCGAGUGUGUAUGAGCUGAUGGGCAGUGCUGGAAGUCUGCAGGUUUCCCACAGUCACGACCAGCCUCAGACAGGAGAAGCGAGAGAUGAUGAUGAUAAACAGCCUGUAGAACAAGAGGAGGACCCCUACGCCCACCUGGGAGCAAAUGAUGAAGAGUACGACUCGAUCCUCACCUCCGGCAGCUCUGUGGCUAUAGUCAACCGCCCCCCUGCACCCACCCCCCGACCUGAAACCCUCCCAGCCAAGGAGGACAACAUGCCUUUCAUAGCACAAGUGUUCCAGAAGAAGAAAUCUCAGGCCGAUUCUGAAACUCUCUACUCCUUCUCUACAAAGCAGAAUCGGGGUCGGGACAGCAUCUCUUGCACCUAUGACACAUUCAUGCCAAACCAGCCACCAGGACUGGAUGAACUGAUCAAACUGCAGGAGCAGGUGAAGAAAGGUUCUCUCAGCAUGGACGAGGCACUGGACAGAUUCACUGACUGGCAGAGACUUCAGCGAGGGCUGGACUCCAUCCAACAGGAGAAGCUUAAGCAGUUACGGCAGAGCAUCAUCAGCAACAGAGAAGAUGAUGACAGCGUCUAUGAUAAAAUCAACAUUGUUCAUCACACGCCAUCUGUGACCACAGACGAAUGCCGGAGAGGGAGCCAACAAGCGGAGACUGAUUUCUACAGUAAGCCCCUUAAAGGACAGAAUUCCAAUUUCUUUUGGAAGGCAGACAAGCGGUGAAAAAAGGAGGAAAGAAGAUGAGGAGAAGAUGAGGAGAAGGACACCAGAACUUAUUGUACUACUUGAGAGAAGUACAACUUGAGAUUUGGAAUAGGAUGGAUAGGAUGUGCUAGUACUGCUGUAAAAUUGAUGCCUAGCUGAGAGAUAUCUUUUUUUAUAAAUAUAUAAUUUAAGGAAUCUACAAAAAAUGCUACAAAAUCUACAAACUUCUACACAUUGUUUUAAUAAGUUAAAUCUUUUUUUUUCUUUGUUUACUUCACUGUAUGUCUGUUUUUAUACUUUUUUAUGUAUUUUAGUUAUGCUUUUUAGUUAUACUUGACAACAAACUGUCUAUAUAUCUAUGA